CAGGAGGCCACAGUAGAUAAAGGGUCGCAGGGCUGUGUAGGGCCUAGGCUGGCUGGGUCACCACCUCAAGAAGCAAUAUGAGGCUCCUCCUAGCAGCCCUGCUGUCCCUAUCCCUUGGGGAUCUUGGACUGUGUCUGGCCAUCCCCAAGGGGAACGUGCGCUGGUGUGCCAUCUCCUCCGAUGAGGCAAGGAAGUGCUACAACUUGCAGAAGAACAUGAAGAGAGUCGGGGGCCCUCCCGUCUCUUGCAUCAAGAAAGAUUCCUACCGUGACUGUCUCCAGGCCAUUUCGGAGAACAAGGCUGACGCCAUCACCCUGGACGGUGGGCAGCUGUACGAGGCCGCACUGGACCCCUACAACCUGCGGCCUGUGGCGGCGGAAGUGUAUGGCUCAGAAGCCAAUCCCCGGACACACUACUACGCUGUGGCUGUGGCCAAGAGAAGCAGGAACUUUCGGCUGGACCAGCUGCAGGGCCUGCGGUCCUGCCACACUGGCAUUAACAGGACCGCUGGGUGGCGGAUCCCCACAGGGGUGCUCCGUCCGUUCUUGAACUGGAGGGGACCUCCUGAGCCCAUUGAGGCAGCUGUGGCCAAGUUCUUCUCAGCCAGCUGUGUUCCCGGCGUGGAUGGAGUGCGGUUUCCCAGCCUGUGUCGCCAGUGUUCGGGGACAGGGACAAAUAAAUGUGCCUUCUCCACCCAGGAACCGUACUUCGGCUACUCCGGUGCCUUCAAGUGUCUGAGAGAUGGCGCUGGAGACGUGGCUUUCAUCAAGGCGAGCACAGUGUUUGAGGACCUGCCAGACAAGGCCCAGCGGGAGGAGUACAAGCUGCUUUGCCCAGACAACACCUGGAGGCCGGUGGACGAGUACAAGCAGUGCCACCUGGCCCGUGUCCCUUCUCAUGCCAUUGUGGCCCGCAGUGUGAAUGGCAGGGAGGACUUGAUCUGGGAGUUUCUCCGCCAAGCACAGGAAAAGUUCGGCAAGGGCAAGUCCUCGGGGUUCCAGCUCUUCGGCUCGCCCCGGGGGAAGAGGGACCUGCUGUUCAAGGACUCUGCAUUGGGCUUCGUGAGGGUCCCCAAGAGGGUAGAUGCGGGGCUGUACCUGGGCUUCGGCUACCUCUCCUCCAUCCGGAACAUGCAGGAAACGGAGGCCGAUGUGGCUGCCCGUUACUCACGUGUCGUGUGGUGCGCGAUUGGCCCCGAGGAGAAGCGCAAGUGUGACCGCUGGAGCGGCGUCAGUGGCGGCAAAGUGACCUGCGUUGCGGCGCGCACCACGGAGGACUGCAUCACGCUCACCAUGAAAGGUGAGGCGGAUGCCAUGAGCCUGGAUGGAGGGUUCAUCUACAGCGCUGGCAGGUGCGGCCUGGUGCCCGUCCUGGCGGAGAACCAGAGGUCCCAGGAGAAACCAGGCUCUGACUGCGUGAACAGACCGCCGGAAGGAUACCUCGCUGUGGCAGCGGUUCGGACCUCAGACACCAGCCUCACCUGGAACUCUCUGAGAGGCAGGAAGUCCUGCCACACAGGCGUGGACAGGACCGCAGGCUGGGUCAUCCCCAUGGGCCUGAUCUUGAACCAGACCCGCUCCUGCAGAUUCGAUGAAUUCUUCAGUCAGAGCUGUGCCCCGGGCGCCAACCCCACGUCCCGCCUGUGUGCUCUGUGCGUGGGCAAUGACAAGGGGGAGAAGAAGUGUGUGCCCAACAGCCAGGAGCGCUACUUCGGCUACACGGGCGCCUUCCGGUGCCUGGCAGAGAGGGCUGGGGAGGUGGCCUUCUUGAAAGACUCCACUGUCUUGCAGAACACAGACGGGAAGAACACUGAGUCCUGGGCCCAGAACUUGAAACUGGAGGACUUCCAGCUGCUGUGCCUCGAUGGCACCCGGAAGCCUGUGACGGAGGCCCGGAGCUGCCACCUGGCCAUGGCCCCGAACCACGCCGUGGUGUCUCGGAAAGAUAAGGCCAAACUCCUGGAAGAGGUGCUGCUCAACCAGCAGACUCGGUUUGGAAGAAACGGAUCCAGGUGCCCAGGAGAGUUCUGCCUGUUUCAGUCUGAAACCAAAAACCUUCUGUUCAACGACAACACCGAGUGCCUGGCCAGACUGCAUGGAAAAACGACCUACGAGGAGUACCUAGGGCGGGAGUACCUGGCGGCCAUCACCAACCUGAAGCGCUGCUCCCCUUCCCCACUCCUGGAGGCCUGCGAUUUCCUCAGCCAGUGAACCUCAAGGAGAUGCCCACUGUCCCCUGCUUUCCCCCACCCUGCAACCCUGCAUGCUGAGCCCAUGUCCUCCCCACCAAGAUGGAGGUUUCCGGCCCCUCUGCUCUCACAGCUCCCUGCUGCUGUUUUAGGAAGAAAUAAACUUUCUAACCAAAGUGAGAAAUA